UUCAUGAUCAUUCGACGAGCCCGGGUACGGUAGGAUUCACACUGUCGCAUGCAGGUGUCACCGUGUGUUCAGAUUUUGCAUCGUUAAUUUGGUAGCGACUAUUUUUCGCCUCUCCUGCUAGCUCCGCGCCGGCAGCAUUUCGAGCAUGCUAGCAGUGGACGUUUCGCAUUCAUGCAGACCUCACGGGCAAAUAAUUCUAUAGGCCAAUACUAGAGGCGAAUUGGUCGUCACGUUCGACAGCGGUCAGGGCCAACACUACUCCCUAUUUCAGAGAGUAUCCCGCGAGCUUGAGGAAGGAUGUUGUUCGAGAAACGGUGUCGAAGAGCUUUGUGGUUGUUCGCUCUUGUCAGUGCUGUGGCGGCGGCGAGUGGAAAUAUAAAAGCUGUUCAGGCUGACGGCGGAAGAUGGGCAUAUGCCGACGAUUCGGAUCCUAACACAGGCAUUGCAUUGACUGUGUAUCCAGGUCGCACAUGGAAACACAGCGGGGAUGCAGAGCACGGUGUUCCCACACCUGUGAGCACUGGAGAUGUGAUCAUGUCACGUAUAUCGGAGGUGAGAUCUAAGCAGUCUAGUACAGACACUCCUGCUCGCACUGCUGGUGAUCAUGACAAUGAAGUAGUACCAGGCACUCCAGUUCAACCGGACGGUCCUAGGCAACGCAUGAGGUCAGCAGCUAGGCAUAUUCGCUCGUCAGAUUCGAAUGCACUGGAUGAAGUAGGCUCCGGAGCCGACUUAAGAGUCUCAAAGGAGGGCAAUGAGACAGAGCCCGAUGGUUCUUCUGCCAACCAGUCAUCUGUCAGUGGUGUGGUGUCUCAUAUAAUAUCAGCCACUACCGAUAUUAUCACAUCGAACACAACCGAGCCCGGUGGCUCUUCCAUCAUCCAGGCAUCUGUCAGCGGUGUGAUCACAUCGGCGUCUGCAACUUCUCAGAAUGUAUCGGCCGAGAAGAGCUCAGGCGAUGGGUCCAAUGUGGGAGCAAUAGUUGGCCCCACUGUUGCAGCUGUGUUGCUCAUCAGCAUCAUAGCUGUGCUUGUAUAUGUGGUGUACAUCCGCCACACCAGAAUUAUGAGUGGUAGUUACAAGUGUGAGCCGCUCUACGAUAUGCCGGGCUCCGUGGAGCUAAGGUCUUCAGAGGAGGUCGUACUGUAAGCCCGAAGUGUUGACUCCCUGCUUGAUGCUGAACUACAGUGUUUGCACAGUACUGGUAUGUGCACGUGAGUGGCGUUCUGCACACUGCGGCGGCAUGCUGGAGAUGCCAUGCCGUGUUUUCUUGCCUUACUUGCAUAUCUGAGAGAACACUCCUGUGCUACUAUUGUGAUUCUACUAGCUUUCUGCUCUGCAGAGGUGGAAUGGAUGUGCGAGCAUUUCUUCACUAUACAUAAUCACACCUCAGCAUUUACGUUCCACUUACAUGUGAAGUAUGCCGCUCACACAUCCACAUAAAGAUGAGUGCAGAAUUUCCUCUUCCUUCUUGCCACAGGAUUAGAGAUUUUGGGCGUGCUCAUGUUGUUCCAUUUCAACGUUACUUUACCGACUUUAUAUUGUCGCUUUGCAUUCUUCAAGUCGUAAUUGUCUCGGGCAGUCAGUGAAUGCUGUACAUAACAUAAUAAUAUUAGACCCAUUCUUCA